CUAGAAACUCAUCCCAUCCGUCUUCCCCUUUCCUGCAGCCUUUCCAGAACUCCUCCCUACCUUCUCCUUCACCGCCACCUGCUGACCUGGUCAUUUCCCCUAAUGUGGCGUACAUGGUGGCUGAGCUCGUCAUCGCCUUUUUCUCCACGGUCGGCAAUUUGCUGGUCUGCGCUGCCGUGGGCCUCAACCGCAAGUUACGCACAGUCACCAACUACUUCCUGGUCUCGCUUGCGGUCGCUGACAUCUGCGUGGGCACGAUUGCCAUUCCCUGUGCCAUCCUGACUGACAUUGGUUUGCCGCGUCACAAUCUCUACUUGUGUCUGCUCAUGCUGAGUGUUUUAAUCAUGUUCACCCAGAGCUCCAUCUUCAGCCUGCUGGCGGUGGCGGUGGAGCGCUACGUGGCCAUCUUCAUGCCUUUCCGCUACCAGGUCCUGAUGACGCCUCGCAACGCUGUGUUGGUGAUCCUGACCACGUGGCUGCUGGCCUUCCUCAUUGGGCUUGUGCCUCUCAUGGGCUGGCACAAGACACCGCCUGAUACGGGCCACUGCUUCUUUGUCUUGGUGGUGGACAUGACCUACAUGGUCUAUUUCAACUUCUUUGCUUGUGUGCUGGCCCCCUUGGUGAUCAUGUUUCUCAUCUAUGCCCAGAUUUUUGUCACGGUCAAGCGGCAGGUGAGGCGCAUCACAUCUGAGCAAGGUGGCAGAGCGGAGGGUCAAAUGAAGGCCGCCGCCAGCAUGCGUCGGGAGAUGAAGACCGCUACUUCACUUUUUCUGGUUCUUUUCCUUUUCACAAUCUGCUGGAUCCCGCUACACAUAAUCAACUGCUUCCUGUUGCUCUGCCCUCACUGCCCCGUGCCACUAGAGCUGCUACUCACUGCCAUCAUCCUGUCACAUGCAAACUCUGCUGUCAACCCCUUCCUCUAUGCAUACACAAUGACAGCUUACAGGGACACCUUCAAGGCCAUUUUCUUGUGCUGCAGGACGGUGGGAGACAGAGAGGCUAGUGGUGAUGACAGAGAAGGGGCGGCUGUCCGCAACGCACACCGGACCUGA